CCCAUCACUGAUUGUCUCCUUCUCCUCUCGUAAGACUACGACGUCAUGUCGUCCCAACCAUCCCCUCCCGGCAACCGCAAACGCAAUCGCUCUCCUUCUCGCUCUCAGCCUCUCGGCGGUGCAUCAAGCAGCAGAGCACCACUCGACGCAUCCUCACCCGGCGCUGGCCCCUCGUACUCGACCACAUCCACACCUGCCGCUGAUCCCCUUGGCGGUGCCCCCACCCCCAUUUCUUCAAUCCCACCCUCCAGCCCGCCGCAGGGCCUCAGCGACUUUGAAGACGCAGACGCAGACGAUGUAGGCGAAGAGAGUGUAGUUGACGAUGAGCUCGAUGCUCGCCGCCUUGGCGAUGGAUACCAAGGCGAAGACGAUGAGGACGAGGAUGCAGAAGGCGAGGAUCUCUUUGGCGACAACAUGCGAGACGACUACGCACACAACGCCCGCCUGGACAACUAUGACCAAGCACUUGGCAUCGAUGACGACGUGGACGACACUGAGAUGGACGCCAAUGCUCGUCGCCUCGCUGAGCUCAAGAUGUCUCGCAGAGAUCGUGCAGAGGGAAAGGGCAGGUACGGCGCUCAAAGCCGAGCACCCGCCUUCCUACAAUCGGACGAUGACCUCUCCUCCGAUGACGGCACCACUCGACGACGACGUCGACGCCAUUACGAUGAACAGGCAGCUGACGAUGAAGACGAAGGCGCAGACGAGCUUCCUCUGGAGCAGCUCGGCGACGUCAAAGCCGAAAGCAUCGCAGCUUGGGUGGCUACAGAAAGCGUCCGCCGCACCGUCGUGCGCGAGUUCCGCAACUUCCUCGUCACGUAUGUUGAUGAGAACGGCGUCUCCGUCUACGGUCAGCGCAUCAAGACGCUCGGUGAGAUGAACAGCGAGUCACUUGAAGUCUCCUUCCUCCACCUAGUCGACUCCAAGGCUAUUCUCGCCUAUUUCCUCGCGAACUCGCCCACUUCGAUGCUGCCCAUCUUCGACCAGGUCGCAUUCGACGUCAUCCUUCUCUACUACCCAUCCUACGACCGCAUUCACCCGGAGAUCCAUGUCCGCAUCUCCGACUUGCCCACGUCUUCGUCGCUGCGUGACCUCCGUCAGGCACAGCUCAACUCCCUCGUCCGCGUCAGCGGCGUCGUCACCAAGCGCUCAAGCGUAUUCCCACAGCUCAAGUACGUCAAGUUCGACUGUUUGUCGUGUGGUCACGUUCUCGGCCCCUUCUGGCAAGACGCAUCAAAGGAGGUGAAGGUCAGCUACUGCUCGAACUGCGAGAAGCGAGGGCCCUUCCGUGUCAACGCAGAGCAGACCGUCUAUCGCAACUACCAAAAGAUGACCUUGCAAGAGUCUCCCGGCAGUGUCCCCCCGGGUCGUCUCCCUCGUCACCGCGAGGUGAUCCUUCUCUGGGACCUCAUCGACUCGGCCAAGCCUGGCGAGGAGAUCGAAGUCACAGGCGUGUACCGCAACAAUUUUGACGCCAGUCUCAACACCAAGAACGGCUUCCCCGUCUUUGCCACCGUCCUCGAGGCUAAUCACAUCGCCAAGCGCGACGAUGCUUACGCUGCGUUCCGCAUGACGGAGGAGGAUGAGCGCGCAAUCCGAGCUCUAGCCCGCGACGACCGCAUUGGCAAGCGAAUCGUCAAAUCGAUGGCCCCCUCCAUCUACGGUCACGACGACAUUAAGCUGGCGGUAGCUCUAGCCUUGUUUGGCGGCGUGCCCAAGGACGUCGGAGGCAAGCAUCGCAUUCGUGGCGACAUCAAUGUGCUUCUUCUUGGUGACCCGGGAACAGCCAAAUCCCAGUUCCUCAAGUACGUCGAGAAGACUGCCUCCCGUGCUAUCUUCACCACUGGCCAAGGAGCAAGCGCAGUCGGUCUCACUGCCAGCGUGCGUAAGGAUCCUAUGACCCUCGAAUGGACGCUGGAGGGCGGCGCUCUCGUGCUCGCAGACAAGGGUGUAUGCCUCAUCGACGAGUUCGACAAGAUGAACGACGCCGACCGCACUUCCAUUCACGAAGCCAUGGAGCAGCAGUCCAUCUCUAUCUCCAAGGCUGGAAUUGUUACCACUCUUCAAGCGCGCUGCGCAAUCGUAGCUGCGGCCAACCCGAUUCGCGGCCGAUACAACCCUACGAUCCCCUUCAGCCAGAACGUGGAGCUCACUGAGCCCAUCCUCUCGCGUUUCGACGUCCUCUGCGUCGUCAAAGACACUGUUGACCCAGUCAAGGACGACAUGCUUGCGCGCUUCGUCGUCGGCUCGCACCUGCGCUCUCACCCAGGCUUCGAUGAGGAAGUGGAUGAGGCUCGCGUAGCCACAAGCCUGGAUGCGGACCUGAUCCCUCAAGACCUUUUGCGAAAGUACAUCAUGUAUGCGCGAGACCGUAUUCGCCCCAAGCUCCACGCUCUCGACCAGGAUCGCCUUUCCCGCUUGUACGCAGACCUGCGUCGCGAGUCUCUCUCCACCGGCUCGUACCCCAUCACCGUGCGCCACCUGGAGAGCAUGAUCCGUAUGGCCGAGGCCAGCGCCAAGAUGCACCUUCGCGAGUUUGUGCGCUCAGACGACAUUGACGUGGCCAUCGGUGCUACGGUGGAGAGUUUCGUGUCGGCACAGAAGAUGAGCGUCAAGAAGACGCUUCAGCGUGGUUUCAGGCGAUACACUGCCACGAACAAGGACCACGAGGAGGUGCUCGCUUUCAUCCUCGGCGGCAUUGUCAAGGAUCGGAUGCGCUUCGCCAGUCUGCGCGCCCAGCAGCAGCAGCGUGGUGGUGCCACAGAGGGGGAGACGACCAUCACUGUUCCCGCUUCGGAGCUCGAGAAGCGCGCAAAGGACAUGGCGGACAUCUAUGAUGUCAGGCCCUUCCUGGGCUCGAGGCUGUUCACCGCCAAUGGGUACUCGUGGGAUGAGGCAACGAGGAGUAUUCAGAAGACGUUCAGUGGGAGCGCGCGCUAGAUAACUCAAAGCUACCCAAUGCUCGCUCUGCUCGCUCUGCUCGUUCGUUCGUCUCUGGCUUUGUCCUGCUCGAUACCUCGUUGUCACCUCUCGUGCUCUUGAUCGAUCUUUCUGUAUCUACUCGUCUCGCUCUUGCGCUUCUCUACUUCUGGCCUGUUUCCUUUGCCUCUCUGCCCUGCACAUCAAUGACAAUUGAUUCACUCUAUGUUC